UUUGUAAAAUUAAGAGAUAUUAAGCAACAGCAGCAGCAAAAAAUGAACUAGAGACAAUGUAAGCCUCGAAAAGAAGGAAAAACUGUAUAAGAAAUUGCACAGAAAAAAAGAGAAAAGAGGAAAGGAACAAAAGGAUUAAAACAAAUAUACGCAACGUCAACAGCAAACACCGAAGAGACUAUGAAAAAUGCGCAACUGAAGCUGAGUGAAGUUGAUGAUGAUGAGCUGUGGCUGCAGCAGCAACAGCACCAAAAACAGCAGCAGCAGCAGCAGCAGCAACAACUGGCUUUUAGAUUAGCACACAACACCAAAAACCAACUUACUCAACAGCAACUAAAGAGCUUAAGUACAAAACACCACAGAAGCAGCAGCAGCAGCAACAGCAACAGCAACAGCAACAGCAACAACAACACAACAUUAGCAACAGCAGCAGCAACAACAAACCCACAGCAUGUAGUCAGCGUGUCCAGCGACAGCGCCCGUCUACAUAAUGCAAGGGCCUUGCAACAACAGCAGCGGCAGCAACAGCAACAGCUAGACAGCAACAUGUUGUCAGCGGCCAGAGCCGGCAGAAAUCAAGCAACACAUACAAACAUAAGACUGUGCGCACGAAAGAGGCAAAGAUUACGUCGGCGUCGAAAAAGAAAACCAACAGCUGCAGUAGCAGCAGUGACAGCAGCAGCAACAUUUAGCAAUAGCAACAGCAAUCAAAGCACCACAGCAACAUAUUGGCUAGAGCGCAGCAGUGACAGCAACAGCAUAAAUUUAUUUCAUGGCCUUUGGCCAAUUAGUGUUGGCAUUGUACUCCAACUGUUGCUACCGGCGCUGAGGCUGUGGCAAAUGCAGCUGCAGCUGCAACAGCGAGCUGCAACAGUGCUUAGAGCCAUUGCUAACAGCACCACCGCCAUUAUUUCCUAUGCAAAUGCCAUUGGCAUGCAGCUGCUGCACAGUUGGAAGCGCAUCAGAAACACCAACAGCAACAACAAUAACAGCAGCAGCGGCAACAGCAGCAAUAACAACAACAACAGUAGCAGCGCCACACUUCUAAUCAACGGACUUAAUAAACACUCAUGGAUAUUUUUAUUGAUAUAUUUGAAUUUAUCUGCUAAAGUUUGCCUAGCAGGAUAUCAUGAAAAGAGACUGUUACAUGAUCUAUUGGAUCCAUAUAAUACACUAGAACGUCCGGUUCUUAACGAGUCGGACCCGUUACAAUUAAGCUUUGGUUUAACUUUAAUGCAAAUUAUCGAUGUGGAUGAGAAAAAUCAAUUGCUGGUCACGAAUGUUUGGCUAAAACUGGAGUGGAACGAUAUGAAUUUGCGCUGGAAUACCUCAGACUAUGGUGGUGUUAAGGAUCUGCGGAUACCGCCGCAUCGCAUCUGGAAGCCGGACGUACUGAUGUACAACAGCGCUGACGAGGGUUUCGAUGGUACCUACCAGACGAAUGUGGUGGUGCGCAACAAUGGCUCCUGCCUGUACGUGCCACCGGGCAUCUUUAAGUCAACAUGCAAAAUCGACAUCACGUGGUUUCCCUUUGAUGAUCAGCGCUGCGAAAUGAAAUUCGGCAGUUGGACCUAUGAUGGAUUUCAGCUGGAUUUGCAAUUACAAGAUGAAACUGGCGGUGAUAUCAGCAGUUACGUGCUCAACGGCGAGUGGGAACUACUGGGUGUUCCCGGCAAACGUAAUGAGAUCUACUACAACUGCUGCCCGGAACCGUAUAUAGACAUCACUUUUGCCAUUAUCAUACGACGACGUACAUUGUACUAUUUUUUUAAUCUGAUUAUACCCUGUGUGCUGAUUGCAUCCAUGGCUCUGCUGGGAUUCACCCUGCCGCCAGAUUCGGGUGAAAAGCUAUCGCUGGGCGUUACGAUUUUGCUCUCGCUGACCGUGUUCCUCAAUAUGGUUGCCGAGACAAUGCCGGCCACCUCAGAUGCCGUGCCUCUGCUAGGUACAUAUUUCAAUUGCAUAAUGUUUAUGGUAGCUUCAUCCGUUGUGUCAACGAUUUUAAUAUUAAAUUAUCAUCAUCGAAAUGCUGAUACGCACGAAAUGUCCGAAUGGAUACGCAUCGUAUUUUUAUGCUGGCUGCCAUGGAUAUUGCGCAUGAGUCGACCGGGACGACCGCUGAUAUUGGAAUUCCCGACAACGCCCUGUUCGGAUACCUCAUCCGAGCGCAAGCAUCAGAUACUAUCCGAUGUUGAGCUGAAAGAGCGCUCCUCAAAGUCGCUGCUGGCCAAUGUGCUCGACAUUGAUGAUGACUUUCGGCACAAUUGUCGCCCCAUGACGCCCGGCGGAACACUGCCACACAAUCCGGCAUUCUAUCGCACGGUUUAUGGGCAAGGCGACGAUGGCAGCAUUGGGCCAAUUGGCAGCACACGAAUGCCCGAUGCGGUCACACAUCAUACGUGCAUCAAAUCAUCAACAGAAUAUGAAUUAGGUUUAAUCUUAAAGGAAAUUCGCUUUAUUACUGAUCAGCUACGUAAAGAGGACGAGGACAAUGACAUUGCCAAUGAUUGGAAAUUUGCAGCUAUGGUCGUUGACAGACUGUGCCUUAUCAUAUUCACAAUGUUCACAAUAUUAGCCACAAUAGCUGUACUACUAUCAGCACCACAUAUUAUUGUCUCGUAGCCAUAUGGGCGAGGUGGUUAU